AUGGCGGCUUCAUCAGAGAAUCUUUAUGUUCAAGACCAGACUACUCAUUCAACCUUUCUGACCAUUAAGAAACAUCAAAACCUCACCGUCGAACUUGAUCCCAUUCAAUAUGAUCCCUUUCUUUUACCUCUGAUUGAAUGCUUGAAAUACUCCCCUCUCACCAUUUCCUAUUCUCAAGUUCAGAAUGUUCCACUAUUGAUUCUCCCCAAAGCUUACACCACAGCUAACUAUGUCAAGGAAGAACAAAGGAUUUACUUCGAGAUCCACAAUCACACCACAUCAAUCUCCAAAGCCCGAUUCUGCAAUCUGUUAGGGUUUCCUCGGUCUGACAACAUGAUCAACCUAGAAACCAUCUCCAAUGUUGCAAUCUUAGAACUGCUCUAUCAAAUGGGGUACAAGGAAACUCUAACUGCGGUUUCCAAGUUCAAGAAAUCCAAUCUUCUACCCACAUGGAAUGCCCUCUCCACCAUCCUGUUCAAAUCAUUUUAUGAAAGAGUCACUAGCAAUGACUAUGCAAGAAAAAUUUUCAUGGGUCUGAUGUAUAGCCUUUACACACGUCUAAAUGCUGAUUAUGGUUCUAUCCUCUAG